AGACUAUUUAGUGUUAAACCCCUGAAAAACUAUAGAACACUCCCCUUUGUUUUCUUCAUCAUCGUUCUUCAGCUCUCUUAAUCAACUCUACCACCCCCUACAAGCUCAAAUCAAUGGCUCUAAGCCACAAACACCAAACCUCGUCAGACUCCCCCACCUAUCGCCACCACCACCACCACCACAGAGGCGUCGAUUACAAGCGUUCCGUCACGCAUUUCAUAUUCUCGCAUCAACUCCUCCUCACUCUACUCUGGACCUUUGGAUUCCUCCUCAUCUUCAUCUGGCAACGCUCCGCCGUCGAUCGUGUCCUGGAGUAUCGCCGGUGGGCCAUACCUUCACGCCCUAUUCCCAAAUUGAGGUCGUUAGUCCUCGAUUUGCGAGAUUUUGGAGCGGUGGGAGAUGGAUAUACUUUGAAUACGGCGGCGUUUGAGGAGGCGAUUAGGGAGAUUAAAAGGCGCGGAGGCGGUCAGCUUAAUGUUCCUCCGGGCAAUUGGCUUACUGCUCCGUUUAAUCUUACUAGUCAUAUGACUCUUUUUUUGGCUCAAAAUGCUGUUAUUCUCGGUAUCGAUGAUGAGAAGUACUGGACGUUAAUGCCACCAUUGCCAUCUUAUGGAUAUGGCAGAGAGUGUCCUGGACCUCGUUAUGGAAGUCUAAUUCAUGGCCAAAACCUUAAUGAUGUCGUCAUCACAGGCCAUAAUGGUACGAUAAAUGGACAAGGUCAAACAUGGUGGAAGAAGCAUCGUGAAAAGCUUCUAAAACAUACAAGAGGACCUCUUGUACAGAUAAUGUGGUCAAGCAACAUUAAGAUUACUGACAUAACUUUGCGUGACUCUCCUUUCUGGACCAUCCAUCCCUAUGACUGCAAAAAUGUUAUUAUCAGAAACGUGACCAUCUUGACUCCAUUGUCUGAUGCCCCUAACACAGAUGGAAUAGAUCCUGAUUCAUGUGUGAAUAUGAUAAUAGAGGACAGCUAUAUAAGUGUUGGGGAUGAUGGAAUUGCAAUAAAGAGCGGUUGGGACCAGUAUGGAAUUGCAUAUGGCCAACCUUCGAUCAACAUUCUCAUUCGGAACGUCACUGUGCGUUCUACAGUGAGUGCUGGAGUAUCCAUCGGUAGUGAAAUGUCUGGCGGCGUUUCAAAUAUAACUGUGGAAAAUCUCCUUGUAUGGAAUUCAAAAAGGGCCGUUCGGAUUAAGACUGCUUCUGGUAGGGGUGGAUAUGUUAAAAAUAUAACUUUCCGUAACAUAACAUUUGACAACGUCAGGGUGGGAAUCGUGAUAAAAACCGACUACAACGAACACGCAGAUGAAGGUUAUGAUCGAAAUGCACUUCCAGUUAUUGACAACAUAAGUUUUAGUGGAAUUCGAGGCCAGGGUGUUCGUGUGCCAGUCCGUAUCUAUGGUAGUCGAGAAAUUCCUGUGAGUAAUAUCACUUUUAAGGACCUAUUAGUAGGAAUAUCAUAUAAAAAGAAACACAUCUUUCAGUGUUCUUUUGUUCAAGGUCGUGUAAUUGGAAAAAUCUUUCCCGCCCCUUGCGAGAAUCUUGAUAUUUAUGAUGAUGAAGGGAGGCUUGUUAAGCAAGCAACAUCUGAUAAUAGUGUUGAUGCAGAUUAUGAUGCUUGAUAGAUAGCCUUCAGAUAUGGGUUAUGUUGGUUUCUGCUCAAUUCAACUGUGUCAGAGGACAUUUGAAGAGGAAGAUUGCAAGUUGCUGGUUCAAGAUUUAUCUAAUGAGAGGAAGUAUGGGCGGGUCUCUCUUGGGAGGUUGUGAAUGUAUGAUCAUCUGGCGACAGCUUCUGCAUAUGAGAAUUUAUCAUGUGGAUUCAACCACAGAUUUGUGAUUUCCCAGGCUUCAGGAUUGUGGUUUCAAGUACACUUCUCGGUUGAUGACGGUGAUUCUCUGUGCUACUUGUCGUGUGUUGCUGCAGGAGUGCUCUUUAACUUGUCAUUUUUUAGGCCGUGAAAAUUGUUCGGCAAAGUGUAACAUGAUGAAAAAGUAGAGCGACUGAGAUAAUAUUUUCAUGUAUAACCAAGAAAAUGAGUAUAAUUAGAAUC